GUUUUCCAGCAGUCCAGCUUCCCUCCAUUCCCCCGCGGAGAAAAAAAAGGGGAACCGCGGGAGUUCGCCGGAGAUGUCGUCGGCGGCGACGAAGCUCGCCACCGCGGCCGACGCCACCUCGGCGGAGGCCCAAACCCUCGUCUUGGACAUGCGCAAGGCGCUCAGCUCCAUGAAGGCCCUCGCCGUGGAGUACGAGAGGGCCGGCAAGUCCGACAAGGUGAAGCAGCUCGAGGACGCGGUGCAGGAGCUCGUGGCCUCGUACGAGGAGUGCGCGUACCUCGCCGAGGCGGUCAAGCAGGUGCCCGGCGCGUACCAGCCGUCUGACCAGGCGACGGAUUUCAGAAAGCUCAUCGAGGGGGAGGUUGCCAAGGUCAAGGGGACCUCGCGGUCGUCGGGACACAAGGAUCAGCUCAUACGGCAGUUCAAAGAGGCUGUUUGGGAGGUUCACCAUGCAGGUCAACCGAUGCCUGGUGAUGAACAAGAGGAACUUGUUAUGACUAGCACCCAGAACUGCAUCCUAAAUAUGCAUUGCCCAUUGACUUUGAAGCCUAUAGUUGAGUUGGAAAAUCCAGUUCGCUGCACCGAUUGCAGGCACAUCUAUGACAGGGAUCCAAUCCUGAGGUACAUCCGGGCGAACCAAGCUCCGAAUUGCCCCGUUGCAGGCUGCCCGGCGGUACUACAAGCGGCGAAGAUCAGCUGCGACACCUUCCUUCGCAUGGAGAUUGAGGAGCAGCGAGCGUCGGGCCCGGACGCUCCAAACGCCUCCGAGAUAGAGGAUAUCUCGGACCAUGAUGAGGACGAGGACCCGAUGGACGACGACGAUGACGAGUGAUAGGUGUUCGGGGGAAAUGGAUCGUGUCGGAUGCUCAGUAUUCUUUAGGUAGGGAUGAUGAUAGGUGUUGGUACUCUGUUAUCAGGUCGCACUCGUGAUCUCCAUGUCGUCGUGUGUGGAAUCCGGGGAUGUGGCUCCAUGACUUUGCUUUUGGUCUUUUCUUCAUUCCGGUCUUUCAUUCUAGGGCUUGUUAUCCCCUUUCGGCCUUCUAAAGGGCCGUGCUCCACGGCCUGUAAAUUUUGAGCCUUGGAGUCUUGGACGAAGAAGAUGAGCACUGACCAUCAUAUAUUUCCAUUAAAAAAAACCAUUGACAAUCAUACUUUA